CUAGAUGGCCACCCGGCGAUGGGCGGGGCUUAUCGGGAUGUAUUUAUAAGUUAACGAACAAGGUCAGCGUCUCACUGAAACUGUUUACUCCAGUGCCCCGCAGGCUGCUGCUGCUGAUGAUGAUGAUGAUGAUGAUGAUGAGGGGAGUCACACUGAUUUUUGUCUCGUAUGUCUGGGUCCAGGUGAACUCACAGGAAAUUAAAGUGGAGUGUCAUGAAUUUUACGGUAAACCCCCUCCUGUCACACAUAUCUCUCCAUCUUUUCUGGCGGACUUGAAGGUGAAGCUGCUGACAGGGGAAGAACGAUAUACACUGAACAUAAGCUGGGCAAUAAACAUUGAUGCUAGUAUUCAACAUUUGACAGGCACUAGGAUCGUAAUUCUCGGUGAACCAACACACCACUGUGAAUACAACCCACCUUUGGCCAACCUGACUACAUCAAUGCAGAAAUGGUUUCAUUAUUUAGUAAGAGUAAGCUAUGGCUUCAACAGCAUCCAAGUUGCCAAUCUCCCUCUGCCUCAAAAGGGGAGUGGCUCUGCUUACAAGGAGUUCAACAUUAACAUACCUAAACCGUCAGAUGUACCAAAACCUAUCGUUCCUAUCGUUAAGAGCACGACUUACAGUACAACUCUACAAGACUCAACAAGAUUGAGAAAAGAAACGGUCCCUGCUAAUGUUAGCUUUACCAACAUAGUGGUGGGUGUCUUUGGAGUACUGGCCGUUUUGAUGAUCCUGGUACAUACCUGCUACAUAAUCUAUAAAAACUGUGGAGCCAAAUUUGCCACAUCGUUGGGUUUCAAAAUGUUGCCUACAUCUCCCGUGGUUCCUGUCCCUGUCCUUGUGGUAUACCCUGCUGAAAAUUUAGCCUUCCAGCGGGCCGUGGUGGCCCUGGCAGAGUUCCUGCAGUGGCAAGGUGACUGCAGCGUGGCUAUCGACAUGUGGCAGCAGGGGAAAAUCGCAGAGCUUGGGCCGAUGCGGUGGUUGGCAGAACAGGCCAAGGCUGCAGAUCGAGUGCUCAUCGUCUGCCCACAGCCCUCUUCACAGCCCAGUGACUACCCUCCCAACCACAUCCUCCCAGAUCCUUCCAUCCCAGCUGCAGCUCAUGACCUCUUUCCCCUGAUCCUCAACAUGGUGGCGAGUCACGCAAAGAGCGCCCAUGACUUGGCCAAGUUCUGGGUGGUGCAGCUGGGCGGGAAGUGUGAAAAAAGGCCUAGUAACCUAGCACUGGAACUGAGGGCUUGUAAAACUUUUUGUUUGAUGAAGGACUUGAACAGGCUGUACAGAAGUCUUCAUCAGGACAACAAGAAGAUACCAAAUCUGGUGUGCAGACCAGGGGUGGAACAGAGUACAGUGAAGUUAAGGGAAGCUAUAGAAAAGCUAGUCGAACAUCAGCAAAGAAUUUUGAAAGAGGUGGAAUCAUUGAAAUCUGUAGUCACCACUAUUUAAGCAUCUUUAUGAAUUGGUGAAUAACUGACUUUUUUCAUUAUGCUUUUAUCCCCAAUAUGCAUUUAUUCAUUAUAGAUAGACAUAGACCUGUGCUUUUUGUUACUAAAACAAGGACGUAGGCACUUGUGUUUGUUUCAUCUGCAAUCCUUAAAUAUCAAAAGAGAAAACAGGUGGUUAUUAGCAGAAUUCAUUUUCUAAUUAGCUAUUAACUAAAAACUUGCAAAAAAAGUAAAAAGUUGCAUGCUCUCUUACAUAAUAUAUUACAAUCAGGAUUUUUUUGUUUAUUUUAUAAACUAAGAUAUAUUGGUGGAAUUUUGACCACUCUUAUUUUAUUCAUUACCAUGCUGUUUUUAUGUCAACAUGUUUUGACAGCUUGCAUCAUCUUGUAUAAUCUCUAUGUUAGUCUAAUAUACAGUAUGUAUAAUCCUAGUCUUAUUUUAUUAAACCAAAAGUUGAAUGUUG